GUCUGACCCAGGGUUCACUCACUCAGGGCCACGCUGGAGACGGUCCCCUUGCCAUACCCUCAGCUGAUCGCGGCUAGCGUGGGCAUGUCAGCGUCUGUCGCCACCGAUGAUGGUCCCUUCUGAGACACACCUGUGAUCCCGCUAUUUAAACCUAAGGAAGCUGGGGACUCUGCGACAAUGUGGAGAAACCAUGUCAGGGAACGGGGUUUGCGCCGGGGCUGUCAACGCCGUGAAGGAAGUGUGGGAGAAGAGGAUACAGAUACUCACUGAAGACCUGAAGCGAGAGAAGGAGUUUAAACAGAAGCUCGUGCGGAUCUGGGAGGAGCGGGUCACCUUGACGAGGCUGAAGGAAAAGGUCACCAGGGAAAAUGGCAGAGUUAUUUUGAAGAUAGAGCAGGAGGAGUGGAAGACCCUUCCUUCUUCUCUCCUGAAACUGAAUCAGCUACAGGAGUGGCAGCUACACAGAACUGGUUUGUUGAAAAUCCCUGAGUUCAUCGGAAGAUUCCAGAACCUCAUUGUGUUAGAUUUAUCUCGAAACACGAUUUCAGAGAUACCCCGAGGGAUAGGGCUGCUUACUAGACUGCAGGAGCUGACUCUUAGUUACAACAAGAUCAAGACGGUCCCCCCGGAGCUGAGUAACUGCGCCAGCUUGGAGAAACUGGAACUGGCUGUCAACAGAGACAUCUGCGAGCUUCCUCCCGAGCUCGGCCGCCUGACGAAGCUCACCCACCUGGACCUGAGCAUGAACAGCUUCACCGCCAUCCCCGCCGCCGUGCUGAGCAUGCCCGCCCUCGAGUGGCUGGACCUGGGGAGCAACCAACUCGAGCAGCUCCCCGAUGCCAUAGAGAGGAUGCAGAGUCUGCACACGUUGUGGCUGCAGCGGAAUGAAAUCGCCUGCUUGCCCGAGUCCAUCAGCAGCUUGAAAAACCUGGGCACGCUCGUUCUCUGCAACAACAAACUGCAAGACAUCCCGGCGUGCAUGGGCGAGAUGCCCAGCCUGAGGUUUGUCAACUUCAGAGACAACCCGCUGAGACUGGAAGUGACCCUUCCCGCCCCUGAGAGCACCGAGGAGGAGGAGAAGCAGGAAUUAUUCGGCCUCCAGUUCAUGCGCACCUACAUCCAGGAGUCCCGGAGACAAGCAGAGCAAGAGGAAGGCAGAGGGAGAGAAGCAUCUAUGGGAGAGGAACAUCCACCAGCUGAACCUGCAGGUUCCGCAGAUGCCGCAGCCGACUGUGCGACCACGCCCCCCGCCUCUACAGACCCCGACGGCUGACGGGACCCAGGUGCCUGCUGAAGUGACUUUGGUAAAUUCUCUCAAGCCUGGACUCUUCUC